GCUGUCUGCCUGUACAUCCGGGAUCUUUCUCUUUUAUUCCGUCUGUCAAGAUGGCGGCUCAAAUCUCUAAAAAGAGAAAGUUCGUAGCUGAUGGAGUGUUCAAGGCAGAACUGAACGAGUUCCUGACUCGUGAACUUGCUGAGGAUGGUUACAGCGGCGUGGAGGUGCGUGUUACCCCAACGCGUACCGAGAUCAUCAUCAUGGCCACUAGGACACAGAACGUGCUUGGGGAGAAGGGUCGUCGCAUCCGAGAGCUGACAGCUGUGGUGCAGAAGCGCUUCAACUUUGCCGAGGGAACUGUUGAGCUGUAUGCUGAGAAGGUUGCUACCCGUGGUCUGUGUGCCAUCGCACAGUGUGAAUCACUGCGCUACAAGCUCAUCGGAGGCCUGGCUGUCAGAAGGGCGUGUUACGGUGUGCUGCGGUUCAUCAUGGAGAGCAAUGCUCGGGGAUGCGAGGUGGUGGUCUCAGGCAAGCUGCGUGGCCAGAGGGCCAAGUCCAUGAAGUUCGUGGAUGGCCUGAUGAUUCACAGCGGUGACCCCGUCAACGAGUAUGUGGACACAGCCAUCCGACACGUCAUGCUCAGGCAGGGUGUGCUGGGCAUCAAGGUCAAGAUCAUGCUGCCCUGGGAUGCCACAGGCAAGAGCGGGCCCAAGCGGCCGCUGCCCGACGCUGUCAGUGUGGUGGAGCCCAAGGAAGAGGAGCUGCCCACCCAGCCCUACUCAGAGCAGAAGGGUGUCAAGCCCAUGGAGGCUGUGGCCCAAGUCCAGCCCCAACCGCAGGUGCCCGUGGCUGGUGCCAUGGUACCCCCUCAACAGCCUCCAGCACCUCAGAUGGCUUAAGAUGAUGGCCUGCCCUGAGAGAUCAAGACGCGGGAUAUUAACUGGAAAUGCUAACAGUACCGAUCACCAACUUGGAGCGUAUCAACGGUGUGGGCUCAAGCUUU